AUGACAAACAUAUUCGGUCUUCAUAAUCAACCUUAUGCCCAACAGCUCAACUGUCGAGAUGACGACAUCUUCCUGGCCACCUACCCUCGAUCGGGCACCACUUGGACUCAGAAUAUCCUCAUUGGAAUGGUUUAUGGCAUUCACACUCUGAAAGAAGAAACGUUCAAACUGUACCAGGUGUUCCCCCACGUAGAGUUCCGGAAUUCGAGUGUGGACUAUGAUGGCAUCGCAGUGGCGAAUGAUUCCUCGAUGAAACCGAGGUUGUUAAAGACCCAUCUACCCACUAAAUUAGCACCAAAGGAAAUAUUUGCCAAGAAGUUGAAAACAAUUUUGGUUGUGCGCAAUCCCAAAGCAGCUGCUCUCAGUUACUUCCAGUUUGCUGGUUCGAACGAUGCUCUGGAACAGAUUGGUGCUGGAGCAACUGAGUUGACCGGUUUUUUGGAAAAAUAUCUCGAGGGAUCCAUUCCACAUGGCAGUUGGUGGGAGUGGAAUAAAUGCUGGAUCGCAAACUCCAAAGAACAUCCAGAUUCACACUUGAUAAUCCACUACGAAGAUGUCAUAGAUCGCUUCGAAGAGACUGUUCGCAGAAUCGAAAAAUUUCUCGACCUGCAGGCCAUGUCAGAUGAUGACGUCACUAACUUAAAAUCAUUGACUUCUCUCAAUUCGGUGAAAGACCGCAUGGAAAAUAAUCGACCGAUUGUGAAGGAAAGACCGUUUAAUUAA